AUGGCUCACCAGCCGGCAGCUGCUGCUGUCGCCUAUGGUGUCAACGGCCAUGGCUUGCGAUUUCUGAACGAAGAUUGGAACGACAGCAUUUCCAACGGGAACCCAUUCACCCUGACGUGGAAUCAGUCCUUGCUCAAAGCCGGUGCUGAGCUGGCUCUCUUCAAGGUUGCAUAUCCUGCGGAUGGUGUUGUCGUGUAUGACUUGGUGGCCAACUUGACUGAUGCCAUGAAUUCCACGUCUUGUGUGUGGACUCCAGAAGCAUUGGAGAAUGAAUUGUAUGCUAUCUGGCUUACCAACGGCCAGCACGUUCAUCCAAACUGGACAAUUUCCCCUCCUUGGACUCCAAAAGAACCGAAUUUCACGGAGUCGGACGGCGGCAUCAAGUCAAAAUCGAGCCUUUGGCUCAUCACUCGUCCUCCCGAGAGGCAAGACAUCACCACUAGCGAAGUCCGAGAGGAUGAAGAAAUGACUGCGGCGCCUGUUGGUGGAGGCAACAGGUCGACUACACAAUCACCCGUGUAA